AUGACGAGAGAGUCUGUUGAAGCCAGAGCACUGCAUGGUAUUGCCAUCAUUCUCUGGAAUGAAAUUUCCAUGGUUCCUAAGUGGGCAUUGGAAGCGGUUGAUCUUUUGCUGAGAGAUAUCAUGCAAAACGAAUUGCCAUUCGGGGAUAAAGUUAUGCUGCUGCAUAGUGGAGAGUGGGCAAGGAUGCUGCUACAGAUUGGAGAGGAAGCAUACACUGAGGAUGAAAAUGGUUCCAUUGAGCUACCUCCUGCACUAUAG